UGCUUGACGGAAUCAACAUGAAGUUCUUUGCACUGUUCUGUGUCUUCAUUGGAGUGGCCUCGGGCCUCCCUGACCUCCGCCAGCGGCGCGACUCUUCGCCGGAGUUCUUCGAGCUGCCCUCCAACGCCUCCCUGGUUCUGGGCGGCAUCAACACGGGCUUCGACUGCGCUGACCUCCCCUACGGCUACUACGCCGACGAGGCCAACAACUGCGCCCUGUUCCACGUGUGUCUGCCCUACAUCGACCACAACGUGUACAUCUCCCGCCACUUCUCCUUCAUGUGCGCGCCUGGUUCCAUCUUCGACCAGGAGCGCCUCGUCUGCGACUUCCCCGAGAUGACUCUCCCCUGCUCCGAGGCGGCCAACUUCAGGAGUUCCAACGCUUACUUUGGCCGCGAAGAUGUUAACUUCCUCGAGGAGUGAUCCAGCCAGAGACUGCCGAGAUAAAUUCUUUGUGUUGUUGGCAAAGUUCCUGCUGCAAGAUGAAUAAUAUCUUGCCUUUUAAUUUUUCCCAUAAAAAAGCGAAUCAUAAAAUUGUUGUUAACCUUGUUGAAUAAAAGUGAUCUCAUAUUCC